AAUUGCAGAUGUUAUGAGCGUCCUAUGGAGGUAUGAAAGAAAAAGAACAAACCCAGCACAUGCGUUCAAUUCGGAAGGGAGCGAAGCUUCGCGGGCAUCGGUCGACUAUCAGUCGACCAAAGAACUUGCGGCUCGGCGCUUACUCAACUUUCUGGGAAGACCUCUCCUAGCUUCGCUUCGUACUAAUUCCUCUACCACCAUGCCGUCCGAAGAUAAGCUUAGACUUGUAGCAUCAUCCACUUUGAAUACUCUUUUCUCUACCGGGAAGGCUGACGCACCUAUCUCCUCGUUUGAUCUUCUUACUCGCGUCAUAUCAAACGGCCCUCCCUCCGGUGUUCUCCCUGGCAAUGAACGACCUCCUAACUUCCGCUUGACACAAUUGGCUCUUUUUGAACACAUCUUAGACGAUAUCUCAGACAGCUGGGAAUAUGGACGAAUCAAGGUUUCUCGUGAUAUUGACACUGGAGAACUCACCGUCCUCGACGUUCGCCUUGGCGAGAGCCACACUGGUCAGAGACGUGUUGACGCCUCGCACGGUCGCAAGAGGAAACGAGUAGUAGACGAGGAUGCCGAUUCAGCUGCUGGCGACGAGGAUGAAGAAGAAGAAGAAGAGCGAAGUGAAGUCGCUCACAGAGGACCACCACCGAGUACCUUGGAUAGCCUCAGCAAAGAAAUGAAGGAGGUAUAUUCUUUGCUACAACGAGGUACCGCAAGAGGUCGUCUACUUGCAGAACAGUUCCAUUCAACCAACGGUAGCUUUGAACCUAUAUGCCCACAUAUCACCAAGGAUGACUGCGCCAAGGCGCGUAAGGCACUAAAUAUCUCUACCAGUGCAGGUAGCAUUUGUGAUCGCGUACAUUUCCGCCGUCUCAUACGACCGCAUACGGACCCAACAUUGGGCCAUUGUUCCUACUUGAAUACUUGCUAUUCAGAACCGACCUAUGCUCAGUCACCUUCAAUUCCUCCUCCUCCAUCUCAUCGGCAUACAGGAUUUGGUCAGCAGGGUGGUCAAGGACAGGUUAGUCUUCCAAGCGGGCUUGGAGCAGGUGGCCGUGGAAAGGAGAAGGCUCCCUGUCGAUAUUUGCACUUCGAGGUCGAUUGGGACGGCGGUGACGGCUCAGGGCAGCAGGACCAUCGACAAGAGGUGAAGAACAAGCCCUUUAAAUCAGGUAUUGGACUAGGACCUAGUCGAAAGGAAGCACCUCUUCUUCCCCCUCAGUGGAUUAAUUGCGACGUACGACGGUUUGACUAUUCCGUAUUGGGCAAAUUCCAUGUAAUUAUGGCCGACCCUCCAUGGGACAUUCACAUGAGCCUACCGUAUGGCACCAUGACUGACGAUGAGAUGCGAGCUAUGCCAAUACCCACACUUCAAGAUGAAGGAAUGUUGUUUCUAUGGGUGACAGGCCGUGCAAUGGAGGUUGGUCGAGAAUGUCUUCGGGUCUGGGGUUACACUCGUGUUGACGAGGUUGUAUGGGUGAAGACUAAUCAACUUCAACGGGUUAUCCGAACUGGACGAACCGGUCACUGGCUGAAUCACACCAAAGAGCAUAUGCUCGUUGGAGUGAAGACUGUGACGGAUGAAAAUGGCAAUCUCAAGUUCCCCUCGUGGGCUAACCGUGGUCUUGAUACCGACAUCAUUGUCUCCGAAGUCAGAGAGACGAGUCGGAAACCAGAUGAAGUGUACGGGAUGAUUGAGAGGAUGUGUCCAGGUGGACGCAAGAUCGAAAUCUUCGGCAGAAAACACAAUAUCCGCCCAGGAUGGCUCACAUUGGGAAACCAGCUCGGUCCUGACCAAAUUCACGAAGAAGAUAUGGCAGCGCGGAUUAGAGCAAGAUAUCCUGAACGAAUCAUGAAUGUUGGUCCUUCAUGAGACGACAUACCCAGUCAGUCCUUCGAAGUGUGCAUGGUAUGAGCUCAAGGACAGGGAUGGUAGAUAAUUAAACAACAGGCGUGAUUCGGAUGGUGUACGUUGGUCAGCAUCAUGCGUAAUGUCAAUCAUUGUUCUCUAGUUGGCCGUUUUAUCGUUGAUACUUGUCAGACUCAGGUUUUCCGAGUCGGUGUGAGUAUCUACGUCUGGCUAUCCAGCAAGCCUCAUGAACGAUAAACGAAGUAAUCAUACUUCCCGGCUCAAAGAAGCAAUGGCUGACCUAUUCUGAAUUGAGACCUGCCCCAGAACUGGUACGGUGAGGCGUGGUCAGCUUUGACAAAUGCUGAUCCCGAUAUCGUAUUCCGAUUCGGUACCUUCUUCCAUGACUUUGCCUCUAUGUUGGAACAGGGUGCACUUUCCAUAUUCU